GUUGGACUGGGCUGGACCGAGGCGGGGCGCAGCAGAGCAUGGGAGGGACAUUUGGAGUGGAUGAGGCAUUCUCUAGGACUCACCCGUUUCCACUUCCCGGGCUCUGUAACUGCCUCACUUUCUCCGCACAUCCAUCCUCCCCACUAAACAGCUGAACAAGAGCCAGGUUCCCAGUUGGAAACCUACAACCUCCCUCAUCCGCUCCUUGGGACCCCUUAACAACCAUGUGAAACUUGCCGCCAAAUGCUGCUUGACUCCCCCCCUUGCAAAAUAUCCCCAUUCUGCUUCCCCCCCCCAUAUCACCACAUUCCCCUUCACCCCCAUCCCUGUACACAUUGGCCCUCUGUCCACUGGGCCAGUGAUGUGGGCGGGGGCUCGGGAGGGAAUGAAAGGCCCUUUCUCUUCCACAGCUGGGAGAACAGCUGCCAUCAGACCCAAACUGGAUGCUGAACUCUGCCUAGGGGCCCCUCUGCCACCAGCCCCCCUCCCCUCUGUCAGUUCUCCAGAACCUCCCUUCUCCCCUCCCACCUUCCUUUCCCUUCCCCUCCCUCCAUCCCUGGCUCCAGCCCGGGGCGGUGGCAGCGGCCGGGGAGAAAGUUUGUCGUGGCAGCCUUAGGGGCCUGACUCCGGGACUUGGGGGGUUGAAGGGAGGAACCAGCAUUGCUUCAGGGCAGAACUGAGGGCCUCAGAGAUGCAGGACAGAUUGCACAUCCUGGAAGACCUGAACAUGCUGUACAUCCGGCAGAUGGCGCUCAGCCUGGAGGAUACAGAGCUGCAGCGAAAGCUGGAUCAUGAGAUCCGAAUGCGAGAAGGAGCCUGUAAGCUGCUGGCUGCCUGCUCCCAAAGGGAACAAGCCCUAGAGGCCACCAAGAGCUUGCUGGUUUGCAGCAGCCGCAUCCUCAGUUACAUGGGGGAACUGCAACGUCGAAAGGAAGCACAGGUGCUGGGGAGAACAGCAAGGCGGCCUUCAGACACUGGGCCCCCUGAUGAGCGCUCCCCAUGUCGAGGCACAAUUUGUAUCUCUGAUAUCCGGAUCCCCCUCAUGUGGAAGGACACAGAGUAUUUCAAGAACAAGGGAGACUUACAUCGAUGGGCUGUAUUCCUGUUGCUGCAGCUGGGGGGGAACAUCCAGGACACAGAGAUGGUCCUGGUCGACAGGACGCUAACAGACAUCUCCUUUCAAAGCAGCGUUCUUUUUAGUGAGGCAGGACCAGAUUUUGAGCUGCGCUUGGAGCUGUAUGGGGCCUGUGUAGAAGAGGAGGGGGUCCUGGCGGGGGCUCCCCGGAGACUGGCCACCAAGCUCAGUAAUUCUCUGGGCCGAUCCUCGGGAAGGCGUGUUCGGGCUUCACUGGAGAGCGCUGGGGGUUCUGGGAGUAGCGGUGCCGCCAGUCCCAUCCUACUCCCCACUCCUGCUGUGGGGGGUCCCCGGUAUCACCUCCUGGCCCAGACCACCCUUACUCUGGCUGCGGUACAAGAUGGCUUCCGAACCCACGACCUCACCCUCACUAGUAAUGAGGAGAACCCAGCCUGGUUGCCCCUCUAUGGAAGCGUGUGUUGUCGCUUGGCGGCUCAGCCCUUGUGCAUGACUCAGCCUGUCAUGAGCGGCCCCUUCAGAGUGCAGAGCUGGGGCCAGGUCCAUGGCAUCCUGAAAGGAACCAACCUUUUCUGUUACCGACAUCCUGGGGAAGCUGGCACUCAGGAAGACCCAUUGUUCACCAUUGCAAUCAACAAGGAGACUCGGGUCCGGGCUGGAGAGCGGGACCAGAACCUGGGGGGAUCCCUCACCCUCAGCAUCAGUAACCGGUAUGGGGGAGAUGAAGUGACCCACACAUUGCACAUGGAAAGCCGGGGAGUCCUACAGCGCUGGAUGGAGGCUUUGUGGCAGCUCUUCUUUGACAUGAGCCAGUGGAAACAAUGCUGCGAUGAACUCAUGAAGAUAGAAGUGCCUCCUCCACGCAAACCUCCCCCUGCGCUGGCCAGGCAAGGCUCGCUCUACCAUGAGAUGGCUAUUGAACCCCUCGAUGACAUCGCCACAGUGACGGACAUCCUGGCAAAGCGGGAGGGGCCCCCCCUGGAUGUUCCCCCACCCUGGCUGGCAUUAUUUACAGAGAAGCUGCCCUCCUCCAAGCUCCCAGCCCGGGCCCCCAGAAGCCCCUCUCCGCCCCGUGCCUGCCCCGGCCCCCGAGCCACUCCCUGGGGCCGGCCUCGCACCCUCUCCCUGGACGCUGCUGCCCGAGGCCGCCCUCCUCUUCCUCCCCGCUCCAGCUCGAGUUCCAGCUCGGGCUCUGGAAGCCCCGCACCCCGACAGCGGUCCCCUCCAGCCCGGGGGUUCCGGGCGAAAGCCCGGCCCUGGCUCCAGUCACCUGUGUGAGGGCUUGUAGGAGGGGGUGCUGCUGGAAACAGGGCAAUGCUGAAAGAGGAAUGGCCUUCCGAGGUCACUCAAGGGAGUGUUGUCAGGGGGUGGUCAGUGGUGCCACUGAGGAGGGCCUGGGGUGGCCAGCUUCACGCCCGGCUCUGUGGGGCCUGGGUGAGGGCAAACCCUCCCGUGAGGUCCCCACCGGGGGCCUUGUCCACGGCUGGCUGGCGGACCCCAGCUACUUCCUGAGAGAAAACUGGAACCCCCAGCCCAGAUGCACUACCCCACCUCGGGCGAGAGGGAGCGAGGCUCUGGAAGGAGGGAGCUGGGACGCCAAGAGGGUGCCUGUCCCCCUUGCUCCCCCCCAAUGCAGUCAUUAAAAUCUAUUUAAUGCCAUGGA